AUGGAAAGCACACGGUCUCAGGAGGAGAAAGCCAUAUCCUCGCCCCCGGCCUUCACGUCGAUCUUCGGUGGUCACGCCGAGUCCGCGGAGGAGAUCGAUGCUGAUGCCGACAAUAGCCAGCUGAAGCCCCACAAUCGCAACAACGUAACAGCAACUUCGGCCAAGCUCGUGGGCAAAAGUGUCGCCCCUUUCCUCGCAAAGCACGUCCCCGACCAAUACGCCCCCCUGGGAUCGCAAAACAGAGAACCUGCCGCCUUGAGCAGCGCAAACUCCCGCUAUUGCUAUCGACAUCGCCCAGACCGUAAGUGUCGCCGGCAGGCCGACGAACCGACAAUGGAUAAAUUGCAACGGGAAUUGGAGUCGCUCCCUCAGAGUGAUCAGCAGGGCAUUGCGCAUGUCUGGUCGCUCUUCUCAGCCGCCCCAGCCAAGCACCGAAAACUCAUACUCCAGGGAAUCAUGGCUCAAUGCUGCUUCCCUCAACUCUCGUUCAUUUCCACCACCGUCCGUGACCUCAUCCGAAUCGACUUCAUUGCCGCUCUUCCUCCGGAGAUCUCUUUCAAAAUUCUGUGCUACCUGGACACCACUUCUCUUUGUAAAGCCGCACAGGUGUCGCGACGUUGGAGGGCGCUGGCCGACGACGAUGUGGUCUGGCAUCGCAUGUGCGAGCAACAUAUUCAUCGCAAGUGCAAGAAAUGUGGCUGGGGACUUCCUCUUCUGGAUCGGAAGAGGCUCCGUGAAUCGAAGCGCGAGAUUGAGCUUCGCGCCACGACCUGGGACGUCAACAGCCCGUCUCCGAAAGAGACUCCUGCGCUCCUUGAGGGCUCUUCGCCUGUCGCCGACAGCAGCGUUGGUACUAGUACAGGGAAACGAAAGCCUGAGCCAAACGAGGAAGAGACUGCUGUCGUCAAACGCCAUUGCCAGUCGCUAGCGAUGCGCCCAGAAGGAAGCGAAGAUUAUUUCAAAACCCGGUACAGACCUUGGAAGGAAGUCUACAAGGAUCGUUUUAAGGUGGGCACGAAUUGGAAGUACGGACGCUGUUCGAUCAGGAUCUUCAAGGGCCACACAAAUGGCGUGAUGUGCUUGCAAUUCGAGGACAACAUCCUGGCAACCGGAUCUUACGAUGCGACGAUCAAGAUCUGGGAUACCGAAACGGGCCAGGAAAUUCGCACGCUUCGGGGACACGAAUCGGGUAUUCGAUGCCUGCAAUUUGAUGACACGAAGUUGAUCAGCGGUAGUAUGGAUGGCAGCGUCAAAGUCUGGAACUGGCGCACUGGCGACUGCAUUUCCACGUAUACUGGUCAUCGUGGCGGAGUAAUCGGGCUGCACUUUGACGCUACUAUCCUCGCAUCCGCAUCUGUUGAUAAGACUGUGAAGAUCUGGAAUUUUGAGGACAAGUCAACUUGCCUCUUACGCGGACACACGGACUGGGUCAACGCGGUCCGGGUUGACACAGCCUCUCGCACGGUGUUCUCGGCGUCGGACGACUGCACGGUUCGGCUUUGGGAUUUGGAUACCAAGUCCUGCAUCCGGACGUUCCAUGGCCAUGUGGGACAAGUUCAACAGGUGGUCCCUCUUCCCCGGGAAUUUGAAUUCGAAGAGCAUGACGUGGAAUGUGAGAACGACAACCUUAGCACUGUCUCUGGUGACACCGAGCCGGCAUCUCUUCAGGCCACCCUUGGCCUCGAGUCCAAUGCAGUUAUCUCGCAGAAUUCACCAUUUGGUCCUUCUUUCGAGUCUGGUCGGACAGCACCGCCGCGCUACAUUGUUACUAGCGCUUUGGACUCGACAAUCCGUUUGUGGGAGACCAGCACCGGCCGGUGCCUGCGUACGUUCUUCGGCCAUUUGGAGGGUGUCUGGGCUUUGGCAGCGGACACACUGCGUAUUGUUUCUGGGGCUGAAGACCGGAUGAUCAAGAUCUGGGAUCCGCGAACCGGGAAGUGCGAGCGCACGUUCACCGGCCACUCUGGCCCUGUCACCUGCAUUGGUCUUGGUGACAGUCGGUUUGCUACUGGAAGCGAGGAUUGCGAAGUGCGCAUGUACAGCUUCCAGAGCUGA